GUGUGGCCAAUCGCGGGGCCGCUGUCGCCGUGAGCCGAUGGGGGCGGGGAGAAGCCCGGCUGGGCCGGGACAAAAGCCGGAUCCCGGGAAGGUACCGGCUGUUGGAGCGCUCCGGAUUUUGCGGGAUUCGUCGGGCGUGUGGAGGAAGUGCCGCGUACGGACUUUCGCAGAGACAGGUAGAGCAGGUCCCUCUGCAGCCAUGUCGGCCAAGGCAAUUUCAGAGCAGACGGGCAAAGAACUCCUUUACAAGUUCAUCUGCACCACCUCAGCCAUCCAGAAUCGGUUCAAGUAUGCUCGGGUCACUCCUGACACAGACUGGGGCCGCCUCCUGCAGGACCACCCCUGGCUGCUCAGCCAGAACUUGGUAGUCAAGCCAGACCAGCUGAUCAAACGUCGUGGAAAACUUGGCCUCGUUGGGGUCAACCUCACUCUGGAUGGGGUCAAGUCCUGGCUGAAGCCACGACUGGGACAGGAAGCUACAGUUGGCAAGGCCACAGGCUUCCUCAAGAACUUUUUGAUCGAGCCCUUCGUCCCCCACAGUCAGGCGGAGGAGUUCUAUGUCUGCAUCUAUGCCACCCGAGAAGGGGACUACGUCCUGUUCCACCAUGAGGGGGGUGUGGAUGUGGGUGAUGUAGACGCCAAGGCCCAGAAGCUACUUGUUGGCGUGGAUGAGAAACUGAAUCCUGAGGACAUCAAAAAACACCUGUUGGUCCACGCCCCUGAAGACAAGAAAGAAAUUCUGGCCAGUUUUAUCUCCGGCCUCUUCAAUUUCUACGAGGACCUGUACUUCACCUACCUCGAGAUCAAUCCCCUUGUAGUGACCAAAGAUGGAGUCUAUGUCCUUGACUUGGCGGCCAAGGUGGACGCCACUGCCGACUACAUCUGCAAAGUGAAGUGGGGUGACAUCGAGUUCCCUCCCCCCUUCGGGCGGGAGGCAUAUCCAGAGGAAGCCUACAUUGCAGACCUAGAUGCCAAAAGUGGGGCAAGCCUGAAGCUGACCUUGCUGAACCCCAAGGGGAGGAUCUGGACCAUGGUGGCCGGGGGUGGCGCCUCUGUCGUGUACAGCGAUACCAUCUGUGAUCUAGGGGGUGUCAACGAGCUGGCAAACUAUGGGGAGUACUCGGGCGCCCCCAGCGAGCAGCAGACCUAUGACUAUGCCAAGACUAUCCUCUCCCUCAUGACCCGAGAGAAGCACCCAGACGGCAAGAUCCUCAUCAUUGGCGGCAGCAUUGCAAACUUCACCAAUGUGGCUGCUACAUUCAAGGGCAUCGUGAGAGCAAUUCGAGAUUACCAGGGCCCCCUGAAGGAGCACGAAGUAACAGUCUUUGUCCGAAGAGGUGGCCCCAACUAUCAGGAGGGUUUACGGGUGAUGGGAGAAGUCGGGAAGACCACUGGGAUCCCCAUCCAUGUCUUUGGCACAGAGACUCACAUGACGGCCAUUGUAGGCAUGGCCCUGGGCCACCGGCCCAUCCCCAACCAGCCACCCACGGCGGCCCACACUGCAAACUUCCUCCUCAAUGCCAGUGGGAGCACAUCGACGCCAGCCCCCAGCAGGACAGCAUCUUUUUCUGAGUCCAGGGCCGAUGAGGUGGCGCCUGCAAAGAAGGCCAAGCCUGCCAUGCCACAAGAUUCAGUCCCAAGUCCAAGAUCCCUGCAAGGAAAGAGCACCACCCUCUUCAGCCGCCACACCAAGGCCAUUGUGUGGGGCAUGCAGACCCGGGCCGUGCAAGGCAUGCUGGACUUUGACUAUGUCUGCUCCCGAGAUGAGCCCUCAGUGGCUGCCAUGGUCUACCCUUUCACUGGGGACCACAAGCAGAAGUUUUACUGGGGGCACAAGGAGAUCCUGAUCCCUGUCUUCAAGAACAUGGCUGACGCCAUGAGGAAGCACCCAGAAGUAGAUGUGCUUAUCAACUUUGCCUCUCUCCGCUCUGCCUAUGACAGCACCAUGGAGACCAUGAACUAUGCGCAGAUCCGGACCAUCGCCAUCAUAGCCGAAGGCAUCCCUGAGGCCCUCACAAGAAAGCUGAUCAAGAAGGCGGACCAGAAGGGAGUGACCAUCAUCGGACCUGCCACUGUUGGAGGCAUCAAGCCUGGGUGCUUUAAGAUUGGGAACACGGGUGGGAUGCUGGACAACAUCUUGGCCUCCAAAUUGUACCGCCCAGGCAGCGUGGCCUAUGUCUCACGUUCUGGAGGCAUGUCCAACGAGCUCAACAAUAUCAUCUCUCGGACCACGGAUGGCGUCUAUGAGGGUGUGGCCAUUGGUGGGGACAGGUAUCCAGGCUCCACGUUCAUGGAUCAUGUGUUACGCUAUCAGGACACUCCAGGAGUCAAAAUGAUUGUUGUUCUUGGAGAGAUUGGGGGCACUGAGGAAUAUAAGAUUUGCCGGGGCAUCAAGGAGGGCCGCCUCACCAAGCCCAUCGUCUGCUGGUGCAUUGGGACCUGUGCCACCAUGUUCUCCUCUGAGAUUCCUGCCCACCUCAGAGUGGCAGUAUUUGUCCAGUUGUCAAGCUACGUGUUCGCCCCCCAGCGAUGCUCGCGCAGCUGCAAUGGCUAUGGUCCAGCACUGCAGCUGGCUGCGGACACAGGCUCAGAUUGA